GAGGAUUGUGGUUCCACUUCCGUCUUGGAGACACGUGAAGGUCGGGGAGUUGGUGCGGAGUUCAACUCGGCACGCGGGGUCGCGCCGGGAUGGAUUCGUCCUCGUCUUCCAACGCGGGGGGUUUGGGCUCCGUCGACCCGCAGCUGCAGCACUUCAUCGAGGUGGAGACACAGAAGCAGCGCUUCCAGCAGCUGGUGCAUCAGAUGACAGAACUUUGUUGGGAGAAAUGCAUGGACAAGCCUGGGCCAAAGUUGGACAGUCGGGCCGAGGCCUGUUUUGUGAACUGUGUCGAGCGCUUCAUUGAUACAAGCCAAUUCAUCUUGAAUCGACUGGAACAGACCCAGAAAUCCAAGCCAGUCUUCUCAGAAAGCCUCUCUGACUGAUCGCACCAUUACCUCUUUGGACAAGGAAGGUACUUCAAGAAAUGAAGACCUAUAGAUGGGGUGGUUGAAGAAAGGUUAUGAGGGGAUUGACUGCCACCUGUGUCACUCGAGGGGCAUCCUGUCAUCAUCUAAGAAUGAACAAAGACCAAUAUUAUGUGUGUUUGGCUGGGGUCAUAUGUGUUUUUUGGUUGUAUUUUUUAAAUGCCAAUCAUGUGAAGACAGUUGACAGAUGAAUGGAAAUUUACUAGAUGCAUUAUUACUGUAACAAGGGGCUAUGCUUUCCUCAAAGUCCCAUGAAGUGCUUCCUAUAAUUUUAAUCGUGGAACUGCUUUCUUUGAUUCGAUAGUGGGACCACAUAGGUAAAAUCCAUCGUGGGUAUGGAUUUGUUUCAGAUUUCUGGGGGAGAUUGAUAGACAUCUUUGUGUGUCUCAAAAAAUGGCAAUGGGAAAAAAGAGCAAUUUGGUAACUAACUCUUAGACCUCCUUUUCCAGUAUUCUAACUAUGAGUGCUGGAAAACCAUCUGUAAUGUUCAUAUAGUAUACUUUACCUUCCUAGUUUAUCUCCCUUAUACUGUGAGUUAAUUAUAUCUAUGAAGUAUGAUAUUAAGAUAAUAUACACAGCCUGAGAAUCUAAAGGCCUUUAGUGAUAAAGGACCCUCACCAGUGAACAUAAUUCUUAUCACUAAAUUGCCACAAGGAAAAAAGGUAACUUAUAACCCUGUAUACCUCAGGGUCUCAACCAUUUAAAGAUGUGCCUAAGUUACAAAGAUUAGGCCAGUUUAAAAACUGUCAUUUCAGGUAGAAGUGCAUGCCUAAUGCAUAGAUUGCAUUCACUGCAUCCUUUGAUCAUGGAAAAUAAAAGCUUCUUUACGUUU